ACAGUGCAAAAAUCAGACAGUGCGUAGCCAGUCGUCGUUGAGGUGAGACGUUUUCCUCGCGCCUCAGUUUUCCGCAGAUACCGGGAGCCGCGUUUUUAAACCCGCAUUUGUAUAUUGCUUCAUCCUUACAGUCGCCGGCUAUCCUAUGAAUGAAUUGAUGACAAUGGACAGAUUACCAAUCGACCCAGAUGACCUGAUUGCGUAAUGAAGAACUGGGGGAAGUCUGAAUUGGAUGUGAGUGUACCACCGUCCCAGCGCCGAUGACAACAUCAACUGAACCGAGAGUGGACGGCGAGCAUGGCGAACGCGACCGACGCGUUAUGCGUGCCCGGCGCCACCGAUUUCAACAAGGCGUACAGUCGGCUCCACGGAUACAUCGCUCUGGUCAUCUGCAUUGUAGGCUCUGCUACGAAUUCCAUCAACAUUGCCGUACUCAGCCGCCGAGAGAUGACGAGCCCAACAAACUCCAUCCUCACCGGACUCGCCGUCGCCGACCUACUAGUCAUGCUCGAAUAUAUACCCUACGCACUUCACAUGAACAUCAAAAUUGGGCCUCAAGUUAACAAAAACACAUACGCGUGGACAGUUUUUGUUUAUUUCCAUUCCAUAUUCAGUCAAACUUUCCAUACAAUCUCAAUUUGGUUGGCCGUUACUUUAGCAGUGUGGCGGUACAUUGCUAUCGCCUAUCCACAAAAGAACAGAACUUGGUGCAGUAAAAGAAAUACGACUAUUGCCAUAGUGAGUGCAUAUAUAAUGUGCCCUUUUUUGUGUCUUCCUAUUUAUUUCGCAAUGAAUAUAGUUCCCAGUGAAGUUACGCCGCAAAACAAUUCAGAAUUUGCCGAAGAUCUCGCACUGCCUCAUAACCGGACCGUGUAUGUGCUAGAAAUGUCCAAAAAUGUAGAAUUAGUCACAGCAAUAAUGUGGAUCUAUAGUGUUAUACUUAAACUUGUUCCAAGUAUAGCUCUGUCAAUACUAAGCACAUGUUUAAUAUCGAAGUUAACAACAACAGAAAGAAAAAGGCAAAAACUUCUCAAGCGGUCAACAGUUGGACCGAACGAGCCGGAGAAGCAGUGCCUAGCAGAGGAGUCAUGUGCACGGCGUGCCAGUAGGACGGACCGUACAACUAGAAUGCUGCUAGCAGUCCUGGGCCUAUUCCUGUCGACAGAGGUCCCCCAAGGCCUGUUAGGCCUCGCCAGCGCCCUCGCGCCGGACUUCUUCAAAAGCUGUUACAGCAUGUUCGGUGACUUGAUGGACGUUCUAGCGCUAUUCACGUCCUCUGUUAACUUCGUGCUGUACUGCAGCAUGAGUAGGCAGUUCCGUUGCACGUUCGCCAGAUUAGCGCGACGCAUGCUGUCCGCUACCGAGGAACCGGCGAAGUUCGCUACGAAACUCGAGCCUACAACGCAGGUAUCAGAAGGCGAGAUUCCAUUGUGUCACCGGCCCGCUAUAGCGACAAAUACCCACCCUAAUUAGGGUGGUAGAAGAAAGUAUCAUAUAAACUUUAAUGAGGUGACUACGCUCUCUAAUAUAAGACAUCAAUAUUAUAGAAUAAUAUAAGGAUAAGUAUAGAAAAAUGUACUGUAAGAUUUACAAUAAUUGUAUGUUGUAGAUGUUUUUAAUAUGAUUGUCAACUAGUUUUUGCGUCUCUUGAGCCAAGACGCAAGACCUAGACAAAAAUAAAACUUAACGCAUUUUCUAAGGUAGGUUUAAUUCUGUAUAAAAGUAAUUUUAAUUUAAAGAAAGUAGGUAUUUUUUUACUUCUAGGGUCCAAAGAGUGAUUUUAUUAUUAAUUGAAAUGAAUAAACGAAUUUGUCUUAUUUCAUAUAGAUAUUGCAUUUAUACGUUAUAAAACUUGUAAAUAAUAAUAUUGUCCCACAAAUUAUUUAAUAAGUAGACAUUAUUAAUGGCAACUUUAGUGAAUAUAUUUUUUUUAUAUUUUUACGAAAUCACAAGAGUGUACCUAAUGAUUCAUCGUGUAUCUAGUGUCUAAUAGUUUUUGUCACCAAAUACCUAUUAAUUAAAUUCUACCAAAUGAUGUGUGUUCGUCGUUCUCACGUGUUUUAUCGCUCUGAAUGCCAAAUUACACCAAUUACAUCA